UGACUGUAGAGCUUUGUAUUCUGACAGUGUAGAAAGGACGCGUUUCAAUGCUGAUCACAUUAAUUUAAGAUAACUGGGAGCUUUAUUACAGGACCAUGAGCCGUGGAUCUAAAGCUAAAGUGGAGAGCGCCCGGAGCUCUCUGCUGAGCUUACAGGAGAACGAUAAGUUGGAGGAGCUGCUGGGCAGAAGGUGUGCUUCCAUGUGCACUGCAGUAGCACAGCUGUUCAUGGCUCUGCCUCACAGUCCAUCCACAUGGAGCUUGCAGCACACUGGAGUGGUCUGCCUCGUCAAAGACAACCCUCAGCGCUCCUAUUUCAUAAGGAUGUUUGAUUUGAAGACAGGGAGGCAGGUUUGGGAGCAGGAGCUCUACAACCAAAUUAUUUACUCCUCGCCACAGCCAUACUUUCAUACCUUUUCAGCAGAUGAUUGUCAAGUCGGGCUGAACUUUUCUGUGCAACAGGAAGCAGACGCCUUCCAAAAUGCUGUCGAGGAGAAAAUCAACCAAAGAAACAACCGUCAAGACAAGAAACAGCGCCCCCCGCCACCUAGCGAGAGAGGUUCCCUGCCUCCAGUCCCACCUGAAAAAGCAUCAUCUGGUGGCCCUGGUUCAUUCCAAAUGGCCACAGUGGACAUCCAAAACCCAGACAUCAAUUCUUCCCGCUACCGCUCUUUGCCUUCACCUACUGCUGCUUCCUUAAGUCUGACCAACAAAGGAAAGAAAGAUAAGAAGGAUAAGAACAAGAAAAAGGGCACCAAACUCUCUAAAGCAGACAUAGGGGCACCCAGUGGAUUUAAGCAUGUUUCUCAUGUCGGCUGGGAUCCCAAUAACAUUGACCCUGACCUGUGGAAGCUGCUCUCCCAAGCUGGCAUCAGUGAAGCUGAGAUGAGGGAUGAAAAGACCUCGCAGCUCAUCUAUAAUGUCAUCGAGCAGUCUGGAGGCAUGGAGGCGGUCAAAAGGGAGGUGAACAGAGCAGGUUCUGGACCUCCACCUGGCAGACAAGGACCUCUGCCUCCUGUGCCAGGCUCUAGUCCCUCUGCUCCGAACCCUCCACCUCCACGAGGCCGCUCUGGCCCCCUGCCUCCCAUCCCAGGCCAAACAGGCCAGUCACAGCGAGGGAGCCUAUCCCCAAAUCAGCCACCAACACGUGCAGGCGUGCCACCCCCACCUCCUCCAACAAGCAGGAGUGGUCCUCCACCGCCACCCCCACCAGCACACUCUGCAUCUUUCCCCACACCCCCAUCCUCAAAGUCCUCUCAUGUCCCACCCCCGACCUCCUCCCACAACCUGCCACCUCCCCUGCCACCAUCUAGCCAACAGCGAUCUGUGGGUUUCCCACCUCCUCCUGUCCCAUCUACACCAAGCAGAGGAGGUGGGGGAGGCCCUCCACCUCCUCCUCCACCCCCUCCACCUCCCCCUCCCCAAACCUCUAUUUCUUCAGAUUUCCCACCACCUCCUAAUCUCUCCUGCGGCCCACCAUCACCUGCUGCUCCAUCCUUUGGAGGAGGAGACAGCAGAGGAGCUCUGCUGGAUCAGAUCAGACUGGGGAAGAAGCUCAAAAAUGUAACAGACAGUCCUGAUCAAGCUCCACCUGCACCAUCAGACUCAGGUGAGGGCAUCGUUGGUGCUCUCAUGAUGGUCAUGCAGAAGAGGAGUAAAGUCAUCCAUUCCUCUGAUGAAAGUGAAGAUGAGGGUGGAGAUGAAGAUGAUGAUGAUGACGAAUGGGAUGACUGAGUUCAACUGAUUUUAGUCAAAAACCGCUGAACCACAAUACUGUUAAAUGUUUUUGAAUUUCAGGUUCAAUAACUGCAAACUGUAAUAUGACUUGUAUAUGAAACUGUGUGGGUGAUUAAAUCAACACAUAAUUAAAUAUAAAGGAUUUGAAGGUGAAAGAACACAA